AUGGCCAACAGAGACUCGAUUCCCCCGCCACCCUACAGCCUGACGGAUUCCUUCACAGAUGCAGGCGCUUCACAGUAUAUCAGUCCUGCUCCAGCAUCUUCGCGGGCAGAUAAUGCAUCGGUAGCUGGGCACGAUAAUCAGCCUCCGUCGGCUGCGCCGUCGACGGUGGAGUCCGUAAUCUACACGCCAGUUUCCUCCCCUCCAGAAUCUGUACACCAACAGGUAGGAUUCGAUGACAGUUUUAGCCAUCUGUCUUCUUCUGCGGCGGCGGUGUAUUUCGAAUCAAGGCCCGUACGGAACCGGUCUUCUGGACAACCUAUUACACAUUCCAUAAGCCUCAAUGAAACUACCCAGCCCCAGGAUCUUCCCUACCCCGAAGACUGGACAUCCAAAGAAGUUAAUCAACAGGAUUGGGCGACGUUCAUCAAUUACUUGUUGCCAGACCAUACUGCCAGUGUCAAUAAUGAUGUAGCAGAUAGGAAACUAAAGGCCGAAUUGAUAGCAGAGCAAAUGUACCGUCUUGCCCUCAGCGAGGAAGAGAAGUCAAAAACAGAUAUUAGUCAGGUGGAUGCACAGCUUCGCCCCUUGCGCCAAUUCUCAGCAUCAUCCAGGACCGAAUCUCUCAUCGCCGCUGAAGCCACAAUAGCAGAAUGGAAUGAACACUUCUUCCAGCCUCGGGGAAUCACCAUUGUCACCAGCGAGCUUAAUCCUCCGACUAAAGCUGGUGAUGAGACGCCUCGAGUGCCAGGUGCAUGGAUACCGUACGACCAUGAACUAGUCCCUAAUCCAUCCUCAAAAAAGGGCGCAGGACAACGGGGAAUGUUCGAUGCGUUCAAGAGGUUUCCAGGCGUUCAAGCCGGUUCGCAGGGCUUCAGGAUGGGGCCGAUUGUGGCGGAUUCGGACGGGUUUCGAAUCGGGAGCGCCCUUGUGGCUGACAACAAUGGAUUCCGUAUGGGCAACGUUCUAGUUGCAGAUCAAAAUGGAUUCAGGCUUGGGGGUGCUCGUGGGAUCGUAGCUGAUUCUAGUGGAUUUACUAUGGGCGGUAGACAAUUUGGCCGGAAGGAAUCUUAUGACAGUCAUGAUAAAGGUCGCGGGCGAGGUGGUCGACGUGGUGGGCCACGAGCACGAUCUGUCUCAACGUCUAGCUCUAAAAGCUCCUCGAGCUUCUCCUCCGCGCAUUCGGACUCGUCUGUCGGAUCUCUUCCUGAUUAUGACGAUCUUAAACCUCCGCAACUACCAGUAGCAAAACGGGCUCUGCUUGAUUGGGUAAAUCAUCCAGAGCAUCCUAUCACGAAGGAUGAUGUGCAGAAGGUCCGGCAUGAGAUCAAGUUGUCAAGGGCAGCCUCCUCACAGCAGAGUGAGCAGGAUGUGGAAGCGUUGCGAAGAGAGGUCAGGGACUUGAUGAAGGCAUUUAGAGAAGCUAGAAAGACGCAGAAAAGGCUUCGGAGGGAAAGUAGACGGGAGCGUCGUGCGGCAAGGAGGGCACAGAAAAAAGGGCGUCGUAGUGCUAGAAAGGAGGAACGAAGGGCUCGCAGAGAAGGAAAGAAGAGCUGCAAUAGUAACGCUGAAAAAUCAGGAUGCUACUUCCCGACACCAACGGCGGAACCUUCGAUGUCUCCACAUCCUUUCCCUGUGGUGGAAACCCCUUCAAUGCCAAGAGGAUUUCCAUUCGAGAGAGCGCCAUUCCUCCAGGACAACAUGCCACCUCACUCGCCAGAAUCUCGAGGGCCCCCGGGUAUGGCCGCUAUUCACGGUGCAUGGCCAUUUACCCAAGAACUUCCUUAUGCCCCCGGACGGAUCUCCGUGCCCUUCGGAUCCGAUCCAACGCCUGUAUCUCGCGGGUCAGAGCAAAUACAUGCCCAGGCGCUUCAGAUGCGAAUCGUCGCCGACAAGACCGAGGCGAAGGCUGUGGAGAUCCGUAUCGCGUCGCUGGCUGACGGAUUAGGAGAGAAAGAAAGGCUGCAGAUAACGGAAGAGGCUAUUAUGUUAGAGGAAGAGGCAGAUAACUGUAGAAGAGAGGCUGAUAAAUUGAUGGCUGAGGCAACGCUUUUGGAUUCUGAAUUGGCCAGAGAGCUUGAGGAGGAGAAUGAGCAUAUGGAUCAGAAUAAUGGGGCUGCUCAUCACUAA